GUUAUAUACUUAUUGACAUACAUAUAUACCUACCUAUACAUCGAAUCUCAAUGUUUGUAUGGAAAAUCUUGUUUUUGUUAGGCGAAACCGUAUUCAUCAUAAUAAAGUGAACACGGCAACGAUAAUGAUAAUAGAAAUCGCGAAUCUGUAAACAUACAACUAUCCAUCUACUCUCUUCCUUCCUUUCCAUCCUCUCCCCUUCCACAGGAAACCUCCUCUUCAUAUCCACAAUUUGCCAACAACAAUACGGUACCGGAUUCAUUGAAGUUCACGCAAUCUGAGACACCUCCAUCCCUCAUAGUCGACCACAACUUUCUUCUUUGCAUCAACCUGCAUCUGUUGUGUAUUCCAACAGAAACCAUCGCAACCUCGAAAAAAUGUCACUACAAUCUGCUUAUAAGCAGUUUCUGGCUGCCCCAAACCCCUCCUUGCUCACAACUGAUGCUUCUCUCCAUUUCAUUACAACUCUGAUCACUGUUCAUGGAGCUUCCGAUGUCGUCAAGCAUUUAAAUGGACAAAACCACCAACUGGAGAAGAAGGAGGAAACCUUCUUAAAUACUGUAGAAGGACCCUCCUCCAUCGCCGCAGAAAUCCACACAACCAUUGAAUUCAAAACCUCCGGAGGAUCCUAUUUACCUGGACUGGAUGACAACUUUCUCGCUGAUCGCACCGUCACCUUUCCAAUCAUCCAUAUCGUGAGUUUCGAUGCCAACGGAAAGAUCCAGCAAAUUCGACAAAACUGGGACCAGGGCUCACUUCUUAAAUUAAUUGAUGUUAUCGGAAAGACUGGACGAAACUGGCCAAUCCGGGAUGGAAAGGAUCAGAUCAAGCUCAUUGCAUCAAGCGUCAAGAAUACUGGUAUGUCAGACGUUUCUUCGAACAUGGACCCGCUCGCUCGCGCCAGAGGUAAUUCCAAGAACGUGUUGCGCGACCCGCACGCAAGCCUUUCCUUGUUUACUCCCCGUGAAGAUACUGGAUCAAAGUCCCGUCCGGCCGAAGUCCCUGCCAGUGUAUCCGCAAAGCCAGCCCCUCGGGACUAUCAUGAUCUUUUUGUUAACAAGAAUUCCUCGACAGUAGACGAUGGCCCUUCUCCCCCCAAAGCAGGCGCUUCCAAGAAAUUCGCACCAUCUCGACUCUUCGAUGCCGAUGAGGAAGAACAUACACCAGAUAGCCCUAUCCGUGAGAAGUCCAAGGAUGUCAUGUAUCGCCCAAAUCCAGCUAGGUAUGAGCACUUCGAUUUCACCGAUGCCCCCGAGGGAGAGGAACCCGAGCGACCACCAACUGGCAAGGGUAGCAAGGGUCAACAUAAAAGUCAAUGGGGCUUUGAUGAUUUCAAAACCCCACAAAAGGUUGUUCCUACUAAAGUUCUUCGUGCAGCUGAAGUUCGUCAUUGGGGUAACAGUGAUGAUGAAGUCUUGGAUAGUCCAGUCAAAUUCAAGAAAACCGAGAAGCCUCGCAAGGAUGCUCAGACACAUUUUGAAUUCCAAGACGAAGCCACUCCUCAAAAGGAUCGUCGUAUCGUUGAAAGACCUCGUGGACAGGGGAACAACAAUGGACUUGGGCUUUACAAGGACAUUCUAUUUGAUGAGAAUGGAAGUGAAACGCCAGCAAAGAAAAAUACUACAGGUCUUGCAAAUGCCAAGGACAGAACCAAGGACUUUAAUCCGCAUUUCAGCAUGGCUGAUGAAUCACCAGUAACUGGACAGGCUCCUCCUACUCACAUGGCAGAAGAUAGAGCCAAGGCUGUGAAGAUGAUGGGUGCUAACUGGGACACGUACGAUCAAUCACCUAUUGAGAAGAAUGCCAAAAAGGAGAAUGAUCCUGCUUCACCAAGUCGCUCCACUUCUACCAAGGAACCAUUGUCUGAAAUCAACAAGACUUCCCAGCGCAAUCAGCAAAAUACUGGCAUCAAGACAAUGGGUGAUGGAAUGGGCGGUAGCAAAGGUGCAGGCAGAAGUUGGGGUUUUGGAGAUGAUUCUGAUGGCGAGGAAGCCGGUGGCCUCAACGGUGUAGGAAGCAAAUUCCGCAACGGUCGCCCUGGCAAAGCCCAAAAUCAAAAGGCUACCGGUGGUGGUUUCUGGGACUUCUAAGGUAUAAACACCGGAACAGAGUUGAGCUGUUGGUUGGCUCGUUGAGCACGUGUUACGAGAGAUGAGAUUCAUGACCAGACAAUAUUGGCUUCGAUUUUUCUUUCUGCUCUUUGAUGCGGUAGAAUUAGGUGUUGACAAGGUGUUUUCGAUGUUUGUCUGGUUUCGUUUUUUUUAAUUUGCAUUUUUUUGAGUGUGUUAUCUUCUACUUUGAGGGAAUGGGGAAUGGGGAAUGGGGAUUGGUUUAUUCGUGUUUCCUUUCAAAUACGCAUGGUGGGUUCAUUGCAGUUGAGGAGUAGAGGUGAGGCGAGGCGAGGCGAGAGCAUAUCAGCUGGGAACGAAAUCCGUUGAAUGUACAUGUUAGUAUCGUGUAUUCUUUUGGUAGCUAGGUUCGUGGCGAAGAUAUCAAGAAUGCAAUGGAUCUUUUUAUUAAUUUUACGGUGAUAUUCUGAUUGGGUGGGUUUGCUUGUAUUGGAUGCUGGAUGUGCAUUCGUUCAUCGGGUGUCAUGUAAAUCAAACGCA